AAAAAAAGGGAACAAGUUCUAUUCUAUUGAAUUGACACAGAUCGACAAUCGUUCUUUCUUCGACUUCAUUAAUUUCAUCCAUCCCCAAAUAUCCUUCCAAAAGAGGGAGAACCCCCUGGGUUAUAAAGAAUUCUCUCCCCCUUCAAUACCACUGGGCAACCUUGAUGAUGAUGUUUUUCCGGAUGCAGAAACCAGACACCACUUGAGGUCCCACGAUCUCACUUUGUCUCAACGCUUCCCGACCAGAUCGAAUACUUCGGAAUCAAUAAUAAUAAUAAUAAUAUAAUAAUCCAACAAUCUGGACGCAAUGAACUCAUUCAAUCCCAUUCCCAUGGAUCCGCCCAGCCGCCCUCUGUUUGCGUCAUACAAGCCUCCCAUCGCUCCAGCCGGAAUGCCUCAAAUCUGCACUUGUUUCGACCUCACAGCCACCGUAACAUCCACGGACGGUGCCACUCCGGCACCUCAAAAACAAACAUGCCGUUGAAAACGGUACUUCCUUCGACUAAUUCUACUCCUCGAGACACUUGCAUCGGGCGGGGAAUGGUAGCAUUCAAUGGGAAAUACGUUUACAUAGGGACUACUCGACUCGCUCAAUGACACGGUAUAAAGAAAUACUUUCAACGGCUCCGAUAUCAGGCGGAGGGAAUAGUUAAUAGUUACACCAGAAAAAAAAAAAAAGAAGAAGAAGAAAGAAAUAACAACCCCAAGGAAAUUCAUACCCAUAUAACGACCGGCCAGAAGCAACCAUCCACAUAGGAAAAUAAAAAAAA